AUGCCACUGAUGGAUCCUGAAGCUGCUUCCGCAGCCCCUUCAAACGACCUGCCUGAUCGCCUUCCUUUCCCACCCACUACAUACUCGCACAUCUUGCAUUGCUCCUAUCAUGAUUGGCAUCGGAGAUACCGCACACUGGCUCCCAAAUCUCGCGUGAUUCCAUUGACCGCACCAUUUGUCGAAUAUCUUCGCUCCGAUGGAAUCGUCCUUCCCCCCGAAACCGUUGCCCCAACCGACGAAGACCAUCUGGACGAAUUCUCCGAUUCAGGCGAUGAGGAACCCGACCCAUCCACAGAAUGGCAGGAAAUCCACACCAAAAUCAAGGACACAAUCGCUGAAUUCGGGGGCAUCGUCACCCCAAAGCUGAACUGGAGUGCUCCCAAAGAUGCAACCUUCAUGAACGCCACAAACGACACCCAAUGCCGCACUCCGAAUGAUAUUUACCUCCUCCUCAAGAGCAGUGAUUUCAUCACCCACGACCUUGACCAUCCCUUUGACGACUGUGUACCGGAUACUUUUGAUGGCGAUUCCGCUCCAUCCGAUGUCGACUCGCCGCUGCCGGAGGUCCCGUACUCUCUUGUCCUCCGCAAGUAUGUCAACUUCAACCCUUCACUUGAGUUUCGCUGCUUUGUACGAAAUCGUGUUCUGCUGUGCAUGACCCAGCGCGAUCAGAAUCACUUCGAUUUCCUCUUCUCUAUGCGCGAUAUGCUCCGCUCUCGCAUCCAGUCGUUCUUUGAUGAUAAGCUUAAAGACACAUUCCCGGAGUCCAACUUUGUCUUCGACGUAUAUAUUCCUCAACCGCACACGCGUGUCUGGCUGAUUGAUAUUAACCCGUGGGCUCAACGCACAGACCCGCUGCUUUACAGUUGGUUGGAAAUUUUGCAAAAGAAGGAUCCGAUUGGAGUGCAAGAGGAAGAUGAUGGAUCGGAGGAAUUCGUCAGGAUCUCGUUGCACGAUGGGAAGAUUAUCAGUUCCGGCACGGCGGAAGAGCUUGAUGGUAAAGAUGAUUCCUCAAUUUCUUCUGAGUCGGACGCGGAGGACGAGGGGGCCGAGGGUGACGAUGGCCAGGCCCCCUUCCUUCCGGAAUUCCGUCUGAUCAAGAAGGAUGACCCCGAAGCGUAUGCCUUCAGCUCAACGCAGUACUCGGCUCAUAAGGUGCCGAGGGAGUUGGUGGAUGCUUCGCUUCAGGGACCUGGCGGCAUGAGUGAGUUCAUGGGCCAAUGGCAUGAAAUUUUGAAAAAGCAGGAGCAGGAGGAUAAGGACAACAGCAGUGACUCCGAGUAA